CAUGUGAAAAGUUGCCUUUAAUACAACUUGUCUACAAUUUAUCUUUGAUACAGGUUAGAUGUUUAUAGGUUAGGUUACUUUUAUUGAAAAUAUUUUUAUUUGAAAUUGUACAACGAAAAAACAUUACGUCGUUUGUCACGAUGGACAAUUUUAUUAUUCGAUCAUUAUUCCCGUUAGGAUUAUUGUGUGGUUGUUUAUAUUGCUAGGUUCAAUAAACAUUAUCAAAUUGUAAAAUAAAAAGAAAAUGAAUAAAUUAUCGUCUAUUAUUAAGCAAAACAUACGAUCGCAGCUGCGACGUAUGAAUACAACUGGUGUAAGACAAAAACAAACUCCGACUGAAUAUUGUUUGCAGCUGGUUAGGAAAAAUGAUUAUGAGAAUUUUCUAUGUACACUAUUACUUCCACGUAAUGUUAAAUCAGCAGCGUUUGCUAUACGUGCGUUUAAUGUCGAAGUGGCACAAGUGGAAGAUCAAGUGAGCGAUAAUAGGAUAGGUGCUAUGCGAUUGCAAUUUUGGACAAACGCUCUUAAUCAAAUUUAUAACGAUCAUCCACCAAGGAGUCCAGUGGCAUUGGAAUUAUACCGAAUUCUUCAGCGGCACAAGCUUUCUAAACGCUAUUUCAAACGCUUGAUUGAUGCUCGUUUGAACAAGUUAAACAACUCAGUAUUUGUGGAUGUGGACUCGCUCGAGAAGUAUUGUGACUAUACUGUGUCGUCGAUCUAUUACUUGCUGCUAGAGGCCCAAAAUACAGCAAGCAUCAAUGCCGAUCAUGUAGCUAGUCAUUUCGGCAAAGCGCACGGUCUGGUCACCUUGCUACGUUCUGUGCCAUAUAACGCCCGAAAACGAGUUAUGGUAUUGCCACAGGACGUUCUACUGAAAAACGGCGUCUCCUCCGAAUCCGUCUUUCAGGCACAUCCAAGCGCUGGAUUUGAAGACGCGAUAUUCGAAGUUGCAUCUUGUGCCAAACAACAUCUGGAAAUGGCGACGUCGCUUAAAAGAACAGCGGGAAAAGAUCUUAAUGUAAUAUUUCUACCAGCAGUUUGUGUGGAAAAUUAUUUAGAAGAACUAAGGAAAGUAAAUUUCAAUGUUUUCCAUCCGACAUUACAAAGGAGAAAUGGCAUGCUUCCAUUACAGUUAUUAUGGAGAAAAAUAUGGUCGUAGGGUGACUUUGACUUAUCUUUGUUUAUCUUCUAAUUAACUUAAUCAGUAAUUAAUUUAACCGCCAGAAUUAUUGCAAAAUUUUUAACUAUAUAAUUCGUUGUUUUGAAUUUAAUUUUUGUUUCCAUAUAUUAAAAACAACAACAAUGUUUAUUAUUCUCUGUUAAGAAUCAAGAGUUUGAUCUUAAAUAAUCCUAAUCAAAUUCCAAUUAAUGAUUAAUUUAUUAAGUAAAUCUAUAGGUAAAUCUAUACUAUUUUAUUAGUA